GGGAGUUGUCGAGCAGCAGAGGAGCGUUAUGCUGAAUGUUCAGCUCAGUGCUGAGGGAUGCAGCUCUGUAGGCUAUAACAGAAGUUACUGAGGAUGGAGACGAGCCCCAUCCCGGUGGUGACGGUCCAAACCGCCCCCUUCGAGGACCAGCGGCCCGGUACCAACGGGCUGCGCAGGAAGACAGCGGUGUUCGAGGGGAAGAAGAACUACCUGCAGAACUACAUCCAGAGCCUGCUGUCCUCCAUCGACCUGCGGGACCGACAGGGCUGCACCAUGGUGGUGGGCAGCGACGGCCGCUACUUCAGCCGAGCUGCCACCGAGGUGAUAGUGCAGAUGGCAGCUGCCAAUGGGAUUGGUCGCCUGGUAAUCGGCCACAAUGGCCUCCUGUCCACCCCUGCUGUUUCCUGCAUCAUCAGGAAGAUCAAGGCCAUAGGAGGGAUCAUCCUCACAGCUAGUCACAACCCCGGAGGCCCCGGUGGAGACUUUGGGAUCAAGUUCAAUGUGGCAAAUGGAGGCCCGUCACCGGACACAGUGAUGGAGCGGAUCCACCAGGUGAGCCGGACUCUCGAGGAGUACGCCAUCUGCCCUGAUCUCCGCAUCGACCUGUCCAGGCUGGGAAGACAAGAAUUUGACCUGGAGAACAAGUUCAAACCAUUCAGAGUGGAGAUCGUAGACUCAGUCGAUGUAUAUCUACAACUGCUGCGAAACAUCUUCGACUUUAAUGCCAUUAAAAGUCUUCUCACGGGACCAGAUCAGCUCAAGAUACACAUAGAUGCCAUGAACGGAGUGAUGGGUCCCUAUGUUCGGAGGAUCCUGUGCGAUGAGUUGGGAGCUCCUGCCAACUCUGCAGUCAACUGUGUCCCUCUGGAGGACUUUGGUGGCCGACCUCCGGAGCCCAACCUGACUUACGCCACCUCUCUUGUAGAUGCCAUGAAAGGAGGCGACUUUGGCUUUGGGGCUGCAUUUGACGCAGAUGGGGACCGUUACAUGAUCCUCGGAGAAAACGGCUUCUUUGUGAACCCGUCAGACUCGGUGGCCAUCAUGGCUGCCAACCUCUCCGCCAUCCCCUACUUCAGACAGCUGGGAGCCAAGGGCUUUGCCAGGAGUAUGGCCACAAGCACCGCCCUCGACAGGGUAGCCAAAGCCAUGAAGCUGGCACUGUAUGAGACUCCCACAGGCUGGAGGUACUUUGGGAACCUGAUGGAUUCUGGGCGUUGUUCCCUCUGUGGGGAGGAGAGCUUUGGGACAGGUUCGGACCACAUUCGUGAGAAAGACGGCUUGUGGUCGGUGUUGGCGUGGUUGUCCAUCAUGGCCGCCAGGAAACAGGGUGUGGAGCAGAUUGUCAGAGAACACUGGGCCAAGUUUGGACGGAACUACUUCUGCAGGUUUGACUAUGAAGGUCUGGACCCACGCGCCGCCUUUUACCUGAUGAGGGAUCUGGAGGCAGUAAUCUCAGACAAAGCAUUCACCAGCCAGAAGUUUGCCGUAGGAGACCACAAAUACAGCGUGGAGAGGGCCGACAACUUUGAGUACAUCGACCCCGUGGAUGGAACAGUGGCUCGAAACCAGGGUUUGAGGAUCGUCUUCACCGACGCCGCCCGCCUGGUGUUUCGGAUGAGCGGGAGCGGUGGAGGGAUGGGCGCCACCAUCCGCAUUUACGCCGAGAGCUUCGAGAGAGACCCUGAGAGACACAGCAGAGAGACGCAGGUGGUGCUCAGUCCUCUCAUUGCCAUUGGCCUGAAGAUCUCCAACAUCCACGAGAGGACGGGACGCCAUGGCCCUAACGUCAUCACAUGAGCAACCAGGCACGCACACACACAUGCAUCUACCUGCUCAUACAGAGAAAAAUACCUUCAAAAUACUCUUUCCUGUGCUUAUUUGCCUUUUUUUUAAAACUCCCCCCUCUGUGGCUUCAUUCUCUUGUUUCAUUUUUCUUUACACGAUGGCUAAACCGAGGGUGCUUUAUCUCUCAGAGUGAAAGUUAAUGUUGCACACUGCUCUCACUAUUGUUUAAUGACCACUAUCAUCUUUCAGCCAUGGAAAACUUCAAGCAAAUUAUUCAGCGUCUAAACCAGGGAGGCUAUUUAAUUAUUGCCAUGGAUAAAUAAUGAAAAAUAUGUUAACAGCAGACAUAUUAUGAAUGUGACUGUUUAUGUUUGCGGCUCGCUUUUAUCAAGAUUUAUUGACUGAGGGAGCCUAAGAGAGUUGUUUUUUCAUUCACUGUGCUGUUUUUGUACAACAGUGCAGUGUUCACUUGCCUGUACCUUCCCUCUCACAUACUGUCUGUCACAGUGUUUUGUUUUUUCAACCAUUUCAUAAAAAAGUAAUUGAACUGUUGCCUAUGCGUAAAAUAAAACAGGCUAAUUCAUGUAUCUGUGAAGUGAAUUGCAAUCCGUUGAUGUUUGAUUUUAAUGUCAAUGCAUAUCUCCACUUAUGUUUACUACCUGAGGACAGAGCACUCAAACUGAAUUGUUGCAAAAUAGCAAAUAAAUAUAAAAAUGUUGGCAUUGAACGUUUCUGCAAACCACAGAUAUGUUAAAUUUGUACUUUUCAUUUGCAUCACAGCAACGUUUCUACUACAUCUACAAGUGUCGUACGUCAGAUGACUGGUCCGUGAGCGGGGUUUUUUAUGUGUUUCCUAAGCCCAACCAAGUGGUUUUUGGGCCUAAACCAAGCAGGCCUUAGCCACAGUGCUUUCACAACAUGAAAUCUAAAAUUAAAAUGUGAAUAAAAGUAAAGCUUGUAAAGUUUCGGUUUCAUAUCCGUGGUUUGAGAAAUGUACAAGGCCAACAUUUAUUCUGGUGAUUGGGCUGCAGAUGAAAAAGAAAUAUUUUAGAAUUGUUUACUUAUUAGGCUUUGCCUUUUAUUUGAUCAGUUUAGGCCUUUGGGAAUGUGUAUAACCAUAUUUGAAUAUAUUACUUCUUUUUUUUUAAAUCCCAAUAAACUUUUUGUGUGUAGCGCUCGCCUUUUUAAUU